AUGAGGCUCUUACCCCUCGAAGGGCGAGAAGACUUACCCUCGACUGACACGAACACCUUUCCUAUUCGACUGCCACCUCUGGACAACACCUUCGGCGCGCUACUCAUCGGCACCCUCCUGGGGCUUAUCCUCCUCGGUAUAAUGCUCCACCAAGCUUACCGCUAUGCACUUACAUUCCCUGGCGAUUCUCUAUGGCUCAAGAUCUUGGUCGCAUCUAUGGUGUCUCUAGAAAUUGCCUCCAACGGAAUGUCUGUGCACAUGUGCUAUUAUUAUCUAGUGACAAAUUACUUUCAUCCUGAGAACAUCGCGCAAAGUGUAUGGACUAUUGAGCUUUCCCCGCUGGUCGGGGAGACCACGUUGAUAAUAACCCAAAGCUAUUUCGCUCGACGUUUGUGGCUCCUUGGAUCCCGAUACAGACCAGUUGUCGUACUCACCUGCGUAUGCAUCAUCGCCGAGUUAGGGACAAUCUACCUCAUACCUACAACUUUUGCGCUGGCCGUUGCGGUCAACGCAAUGUUGACGAUAUCGCUCAUCUGCGCUCUUCGCUGCAAACGCACAGCUUUCAAGAGCACGAACGCCAUGCUCGAUCACCUUAUCUUAUAUGCUGUCAGCACAGGGCUGCUAAACGGCAUAGUCGAUCUCGUCACAACAAUCCUGGCAUUCGCUACUCCACACAAUCUCGUUUACUCAAUUCUUGGAAUACCGGGAGGAAAACUAUAUGGAAUAUCGCUUCUCGCCGCCCUUCACUCCCGUCGCACCGUCCGCGAACAGAGUGAAACCAGGAACACUGAAAGUGCCAGUGAUCUGGUUUUCGGAAUCGGACGCAUGUCUCCUAACCAGCUCAAUCCGGUAUACUUGAUCGCUGGAGACUCAGACCUCAUCGAGCUCAGGACGCUCAGGUCGUUGCCUUUGGGGCGAAUUACGAGAGAGCCAGGCCUCGAUGGCUCGGUCGUCCCCGACGGAUCGGGGAUAGUGCCCGACCGUGACCAUGUGUUUGUUUGA